GAUUUCUCUCUCCAUUAAAAAAGAAAAUAUUUUCUCUUUCUCUCUCUAACCUCUCUCUCUCUACGGACGGGGAAGUGUGAACUCUUUCGGUUCAGUCCUUUGUUUAAGGAAGGGACAGUUCGUGGCUUUGCUUUGGGGUCUAGGGCUUCAUCAUAUGCACGGAAGAAUAACAAGAACAAGAUGACGUCUUCGGGAGAAAAACUCGGAGAUCAGCUUGUUAAAGCUGGGAAUAAUCUCCUUCCGCCUCCAACUUCGGUGGAUGAACUGCUUGAAAAACUUGAUCAUAUUGAGGCUCUCCUAAUAGAAGUGGAACAGUCGCCACCCAAGUCGAUGUUAGAUGCAAUUAUUCCAUCGAUGAAAUCAUUGGUUGCAAAUGAACUUAUAAAACAUUCAGAUAUAGAUGUGAAAGUUGCAGUUGCCUGUUGUAUCAGUGAGAUAACCCGAAUCACUGCACCGGAAGCUCCAUAUGAUGAUGAGAAGAUGAAGGAGGUCUUUGAGUUGAUUGUAUCCUCGUUCGAAAACUUAUCUGAUAAGUCAAGCCGUUCAUACACCAAAAGGACCUCGAUUUUAGAAACAGUUGCUAAAGUUAGAUCAUGUGUGAUCAUGUUAGAUCUGGAAUGUGAAUGGCUUAUUGCUGACAUGUUUCAGCACUUUCUGAAAACCAUAAGGGAUUAUCAUCCAGAGAAUGUCUUUUCUGCUAUGAUGGCCAUUAUGGUACUCGUACUGGAAGAAAGUGAAGACGUUUCCCUUGAGCUGCUCUCUCCUGUUUUAGCUAUUUUAAAGAAGGACAAUCAGGAAAUAUUGUUGGAGGCCCGCAAAUUAGCUGAGAAAGUAUUUGAAAGCUGUGCUGCAAAAAUCAAACCGUGUCUUGUACAAGCUGUAGAAACUGAAGCCCUUUCUUUAGAUGAAUAUAGUAAUGUGGUUGCUGGUAUAUGUGGGAUAACUUGUGUUAAAGAAAAUGGUGUUCAAGCAGAAAAUGAUGGUCCUGCAUGUGGAGAACCACCUGCUGUGGAGGAAACUUUGGUCGAACCGUCAUCACAUGAUGUGCCUCAGGUUGAGGAGAAUAUAUUAGUUGAAUCAUCCACAAAUGAUAUACCUCAGCUUAUCAAUUCGUCUCAGGAUGAUGAGAGAGCUGUCGCGUCAGCACCAUCUGACAACCUGGUGCCUGAUGAAACUGUAGAUGAUGAACCCAUUAAGGAUGCAGUUCCCGAUGGAUCUCCACAGGCAGCUAAGAUUAAUGAUUCUUCCAAAGACAAUAGUGAAGGUCCUUCAGCAGGACAUGAGGAAUUGGUAGAUACUAAUGAAAACACUGCUGUUAUAUCUCUAACACCGGACAUCACAAAAGAGGUUCAAAUUGAGUUACAGCCUGAACAAUCCAUGAAGAUUAUUACCAACAUGUCAGAGGAUGGACAACAUACUGAUAAAAAAUCAGAUGACAAAAAAUCUGAUCCCAACGAAGCAAUCAACGCUGAACCUGAGGAUGGUCAACAUUCUGAACAGUUAGAUAAUAAUAACAUGGAAAGUAAGGCUGGAUCCAAUGAUUUGGGAAGCACAACAGUGGUAAAAUUGAAGCUGAAAUCAGAAGAAACAACUGAGAAGGGUUCGAAGAAACCUGAGGAUGAUGCCCAAGAAACUGACCAAGUAACAGAAAAUAAUGAGAUUGAGCCUGCUGAUUUGGAAAGCUCAAAAAUAGUUAAAUCAAGCUCAAAAUCAGAGCUAACUGGCAGAAAGAGAUCAAAGAAGCCCGAUGAUGUUAAUGAAGCUGGUAAGGCUGAAUCUGGUGAUUUGGGCAACAUAAAGGUGUUUAAACUAAAGUUUAAGACAGAGGAAACUGCCAGAGGAAGUUCCAAAACUCCAGAUGAAGGCCAAGACACUGACCAACUCAUAGAUACUAAUGAAGCAACUAAGGCUGAAUCUGUUGAAUUAAAUAACACUAAGGUGAUAAAACCUGAAUCGAAAUCAGGCCAGACUACUACUAGCAGGAAAAGACGAAGAAAACUCAACUCCUUUUCCACUAGAGAGCCUUCUGGCUCCUCCUUUGUUGAUGAUGGUGAGAAAGAAGCAGGCAAACUGUCAGAACUCAUAGACCAUAAUGAAGAGGUUCCCUGUCCACCUUCACAGCAAGCCAAACUUUCAAGAAAUACACAAAAGAAUGAACAACUUGCUUCUCCAUCCCAAAGUGAAACUCUUCUCGAUGAGAAUCAACCCAAAAAGUCAGCACAGGUAAAUAAAAAGCUGAAGCAAGGAGUUGAGGGGCCAAGUGAUUCAGAAGUGAGAAAUAAAAAACAGUCGGGGAAGAGGGUGUCUGUUAAAGAUACAACCGAAAGUAAGUCUACACCUGUGGUAGGUGGACAAGGAAGAAAGACGACAACUAUAGAUAAGAAAGGCACAAGUAGCAAUACUGACAUAUCGUCGUUGAAACGGAAAAGUGGGGGAAAAAGUGGCCAGGUCAAAAGUAACUCUGACAAGGAUAUGACUUCAAAGUCCUCUUCCAAAGCCGACAAAAAGGAUCUUCAAAUUUCACCAAAACGUUACAACAAAUUGCUUGAUGAUGAAAGUGAGGAUCAUAUGGUGGAAGAAACUCCCAAGAUAAAAUCUAAGACCAAGCGUAAUUCAGGAAAAGAUAAAGAAACUCAACAUCCGACAAAACCUUCCUCAACAUCGCCUGAAGAUAUGGAUUAUUCAGAGGAAACUCCUAAGAUAAGUUCCAAGAGGAAGCGCAGUGGAAAAGAUGAAGCUUCAGGUGAUAUAAAAUAUAAUGACAGUUUGGUUGGUUCCAAGGUUAAAGUAUGGUGGCCGGAUGAUGCACAGUUCUAUUUUGGUGUAAUUGAUUCUUUUGAUUCUGUUAAAAAGAAGCAUAAGGUUUUGUAUGAUGAUGGGGAUGAGGAGACUUUAAUUCUUAAGAAGGAGCGAUGGGAAUUUGUAGAAGAUGAAUCUAAAACUCUUAUGGAAGAAGAGGAUGAGUAUCAAAGCUCAGAGGGGUUAUCUGGAAUGCUCCAAAAGAAGAAAUCAAAAACUGCAGAAAAAACACCUAAGCAAGGAAAGACAGAUUCUUCUCGAGGUAAAAAACCGUUGCCCAAAUCAAAAGUGACGGCUACAAAAUCUGGUAAAAAAUCUAGCGAGGAUGAAGAGGACACAGACGAAGGCAAAACAACAGAGUCAAAGUCACUGAAAUCUGAUGACAGCGAUAGCGACAGACCAAAAGUGAUUUCUCAGAAAACAGUUAAAAAACCCAUUGGUUCUAACAGCAAGUCGAAAAACGAGGGCAGUUGGUCAAAGUCAAACAGCAAGUCGAAGCUGGAGAAGAAAUUCAAGGGUAAAACCCCCCCUCCGGAUGAUAGCGAAAAGGAAAAUAAUACUUCAGAUGAAGAAGAUGAAGAAGAAGAGACUGCAAAAAAGUUGCCUGAAAUUGAGGUUAAGCAAGUAUCGGGUAAGAAAGGAAAAUCAACCGGAAAGGAUGAGAAGAAAGAAUCUGUGGAAGAGAAGAUCUCCGGAGGAGUUAAGAAGGGGAAAUCGUCACCAGUUGAGACAUCCAAAUCUGGCGGAGCUAGCUCGAAGAGAAUGAAGAAGCGAAAGAGGUACUGAGAAUGACCGAAAAUGUUUAGAUUCUCUUAAGGGGCUUUGAUUUCUUGCUUCUGCUAGUAGAAACAAAGGCUAGUAGAAGUUCUAUUUGGGUUUUCAGAUGCAUAUGACAUUGUUUAAUUCUGAUUUGAUGAUGAUGUUGGUGUGUGCUGUUGUAGGAUUAAUUAACUUGAUCUUGUCUUCUUUAACUCCUCAGGCCCUUCUUUUUCUUUUUUGAUGAUAUUGGUCAUAUUUUCGGGCACUCCAAAUGUCCGAAAAUUUGUUCAUCUUUAGGAAUGUUUUUAUCCAAUGGAUUUUAUUGUAAUGCUCUAUUUUGACAAUAUUCAUCUCUAUCCCUUUGGCUAGUUAGGCUUCCUAC